AUGAACUUUGGCCUGUUGAAUCUAAUGGCCAGAGGAGGGGCGGUGCCGGCAGGGAAUAGCGGUCUUACUCCAUGGGUACCAGUUGUGGGCCUAGAAAUUCAUGCACAGAUCAGUUCCAACUCUAAACUUUUCUCUGGUUCCCAAGUCCAGUUUGCAGCACCUCCUAACUCUUUGGUAUCUUUCUUUGAUGCUUCUUUACCAGGAACUUUACCAGUUCUCAACAGGAGAUGUGUAGAAGCAGCAGUGAUGACAGGCCUGGCUCUCAACUGCAGCAUAAACAAGAAGUCCUUAUUUGACAGAAAACACUAUUUCUAUGCAGAUCUGCCUGCUGGCUAUCAAAUCACUCAGCAAAGAGUUCCUAUUGCGGUGAAUGGAAGUCUGUCAUACAGUCUCUGCAUAGACAACAAAAUGAGCCAGAUGGUGACCAAAACUGUGAGGAUUAAACAAAUUCAGUUGGAGCAAGACAGUGGAAAGAGUCUCCAUGAUGACGUAAGGAGCCAGACUCUCGUUGACUUGAAUAGAGCUGGAGUCGGCCUUAUGGAGGUUGUCAUGGAGCCUGAUAUGUGCUGUGGGGAAGAAGCAGCUGCAGCAGUCAGAGAGCUUCAGCUCAUUCUUCAAACACUUGGGAGCAGCCAAGCAGUCAUGGCAGAGGGUCAGCUGAGAGUGGAUGCCAAUGUUUCUGUGCAUCACCCUGGAGAGCCUUAUGGAGUGAGGACUGAGGUGAAGAAUAUCAAUAGCAUACGAUUCCUGGCAAAAGCAGUAGACUAUGAAAUAGAGAGGCAAAUUGAAGAACUUGAAAGUGGAGGAACAAUUCUGAAUGAAACAAGAGCCUUUGAUUCCAAGCUUGGGUGCACUGUACCAAUGAGAGACAAAGAAGGAAAACAGGAUUAUCGGUUUAUGCCAGAGCCAAACCUUCCUCCAUUGAUUCUAUACAAUGCCAGAUCUUUGCCAGCUAAUAUGAACCAUCAGCAAGUGGUAAAUAUUGACUGGAUUCAUGAGAGACUUCCUGACCUCCCCAGUGUGAAGAGAGCAAAGCUUGUUGAACAGUAUGGGAUUCUUCCUGAACACAGCUUCACCUUAUUGAAUGAAGCUGGAUUAACAGAAUUCUUUGAAGAUGUGAUAAAACAGACCCAAAUGAAGCCAAAGAAAGUGAUCGGCUGGAUUCUGAAUGACCUGCUCAGUUAUUUGAAACAACAUUCCCUUACAGUAAAGGAAAGCCCAGUCAGUUCUUUUCUCCUGGCUGACCUUCUGAACCGUCUAGAAAAAAAAGAAAUUUCUUCUACAGCAGCAAAGCAGGUGUUUGCGGAAUUGUGGAAGGGAGAAGGAAAGACUCCUCUUGAAAUUGUUAAAGAAAAGAAACUUCAACUGAUACAGGAUCAAGAAGAUCUUGAACGGAUCUGCCAGGCGGUGAUUGAUGGACAAGAAAAUGAGGUAAUGGCGAUCAAAUCAGGAAAUCGAAAAGUUCUAAAUAAGUUAAUUGGCCUGGUGCAAAGGGAAACACAAGGACGCUCCAAUCCUGUUCUGGUGAAGCAAUUACUAGAGAAGAAGCUGUCAGAGUAGCCACAAGAGAAAACCACCCAAGAGGAAGCCACAGAGUGGCCACAAGAGAAAAGAGUUUUCUACAGAAAACAUGUGCUUCAUUCUGUCUGGUUCACUGCAAAUGAACUUCAGCGCCUCCUCAUGUAGUGGCGGGUUAUUGGUUGUACUGCAAGCAGCGUUACGCCCUCAACUUCCCCAGCUGCAUCAGCCAAAGGCAGAGAGCAAAAGAACAGCAGGAGCUGACCCAGAGAUUUGCGUCUCCCUCACUUCGGUGUGGAGUUCAGAAAAGUGUUUUCCAUACAGCCAGGGGAAGCAGGUUCCCGGGUGUGUCCAUGCGUGCACAGAUUGCUGAAGCUGUAACUGGUUGGUUUUGUGAUACAGCAAGUGUAAACUCGCCUCCUCCAGCUGCCUUUUUGUGGGAGGGGAAAUUCACAAAUCAUGAAUGCAAAAUCGGGUGGUGGUGGUGCACACAAACAACUCAAGGUAAAUAAGUGUGAGCACACUAGUAACAAUGAUUAAAACACCUAGCAGUAAUUAAGAAGACCCCAUGUGCCUGCAUGUCUAGCAAAAGGGAAAAAAUAUCCACUGCUCUCACCAAUCCUGGUUUCUGAGGGACAGGGAGAUGAUACAGUCUCCAGCUGCUUAAGCACAUGCCUGAGGCUAGUGCCACAAAUGCAGGUAAGUACCUCUAUCUAAGAACUGGCAUCAGGCUCUUUGCUCCCCUUCUUGUUCCGUGCCCAACCCUCCACUUUGCCUGCUCAAUGCUCUUGCUUGGGGCUGGUGAGCCUGACAGAAGUUUGCCUGAGCCUUUGGGCAGCUCCCAUCACUGUUUGGGCGGCGAGGUUCAGCAGAGCAGACGUGUACCUGACGGCCCCGCAGGGCCCAGCUCUCAGGCUGCAGCUCAUUAAAGGGAUCAGUUGCUCCCCUUUGGUUUCCCCUCUGCUGGGGAGAACGUGCCCUUGUGCCGGUGGGCUCAGAGCUGGCUGCUGGCCCCUGGAACUGUUCCACAGUGGGGAAGGAAGUGAACAUCUGGCUUACCACAACUGCACAGGGUGCAGCUGGCUUCCAGGGGCUGCUCUGCUAUUUAAUCCUGAAGAGUGUCUUAUGCUGUUUUUUUUAUACCUUCCAUUUUUUGUCUCCAGCUUUAACUACCCCCUGAAAUCCAGGGUUAACUUCCCAGUCCCAGCCCACUUUAGCUGAUCAAACCAUUAAGAGGAAACGCAACCUGAGGCAGCCUAUCACACUUACAUUUAUUAGGGAAAGAAAUCCCAUUUAGUACCAGGGGUUUGAAGUUCUUAAAUCCCUUCUGGAGGUUGCUAAGCCGUACAUUUUAAAGAUCACAUUUAUCUCAGACCUUGGAGAUGCUACUUCAGAAUUGUUCUUUAGGAUGUGCCUGCAGGGCAGACAUUGUCACAGGCACGGCAGCUGUGGCCCUGGGACUUCAGUCACCUUUUGCAAAUGUGGUGCUUGCGACACCAGCUCAAAUGAGGUUGAGGGCAGUGAAAAGUAGUGCUAAUGUAUGUCUCAAGUAGGAUGUUUCCGUACAGACUGGCUUCCAGUUCAAGUGUGAACUCUUAAUUAGAAGGAAAAAAAUCCCCUGUUUUUCAAAUGCAUUUAAUGAAUAAAAUGUAUACCCAUUAUUCACAUUAAAAUAACUUUACACUUCGAAAGUCAUACAGCUGACAAAAAGCAGUAAUGUGGUUACCAUCAAAAACUGUGACCCAUCAAAAAAACCCAAACCUAAACCUCCAACCACCCUAGAUUUUCAUGUCACCUGACUUCACACAAAGGCUUUUACUAUCACUUUUCACAUAAGCAAAAAGUGCCAUUUUUACUUAAAGUGUGUGGGUAAGUGUUCAGUCACUAGAGGUUUAGAUUAUACAGCAAACUUUAAAUUUUGGAUUCUGUUCAACUCUUGCCCUGGCAGCAAGAAA